AUGUGUAUCACCAAGGAGUGCGCGGAUCCCACGGAGCCGGGGGUGUGGUGGCGGGAGGAUGAUCAAUGGGUCCAGUAUCCCCCGGACAUCGCCCUCAGCAUCAAGCUCGCGAAGUCCAAGCUCGAUAGUAGCAGUAGCAAUCCCGCCGAUGGUAAGAAACAAGGUGGCGAGGCCAAGGAUGUGGAGAUCGGGUUCCACAACUCCACCAAGUAUCCCAACGGCAUGCCGUACAAGAUUGACCUCGAGAGAAUGCACCAGGUCAACGUGAGGUCUGGGUACCGCCGCGAGAUCAAGAUUGUUCUCAAGGAAGGCGAGCAGACCACCAUCAAGCCAGACGAGGUGAAGGUGCUAGCGAGUAAUAAGAGCCGCGCGUAUCCAACUAAGCCGGGGGUGUGGUGGCUCGACAAUCAUAAGAAAUGGGUCCAGUAUGAACCGGACAUUGCUCUCAGAAUCAAGCUCGCGAAGUCCAAGCUCGAGAGUAGCAAGCGCGCUGGUGGCAAGAAACAAGGCGGUGAGGCCGAUGAUCAGCUGGAGGCUGCCUUCACCUCUGCCAAGUAUCCAAACGGCACGCCAUACAAGAUUGACCUGGAGAGGAUGGAGCAGGUCAACCUGAUGACUGGAUAUCGCCGUGAGAUCAAGAUUGUUCUCAAGGAGGGCGAAGAGACCACCAUCCAGCAAGACGAGGUGAAGGUGCUCUUCACGAAUUAUAACAGCAUGAAGAUGGUGCGGCUCGACAAGCCAGAUGCUCGGGUGGUACUCCAGGCGGCGACGCGCGGGCGAAAGAGGGCGAGGGUGACGCUCGCGUCAACGGAGGUCGCCGCUGACUAUUGGAUGGUCAACUUUGCGACCAUGAAAGCCACCGGGUAUAGGAGCGGCUGCCUCAUGGACAGGGCGGUCGCGACUCUUUCGGUGGCCAUUGACUGCCCCUGGAAUCCGGAGGUGGUCAAAGCUAGAAUGGACGCUCGCAAAACCCUCCAGAAGCUGGUUGCUGAAGAGAUGCCGAGGAUGGACGCAGCCAACACUGGCGAUUAAUCUCAUUCUUUUCCUCUGAGCUUUGGUCAAAAUCUUUCUAU